AUGGAUGUGAGAACCUUGCUAGAUAAUCUGUACGAAGAAGUAUCUUGUUCUGUGUGUAUGAAUACAUUUGAUGAUCCGAAACAGCUCCCCUGUUUACACAGUUUCUGUCUUCGUUGCCUAAAGAAUAUUCUACGAACGAGUGGCCGCCGUGAUAUCAUAAAAUGCCCUGAUUGCCGAAGAGAAUGUGAAGUCCCAGAAAGUGGAAACCUCGAAAAAUUGCCUACCAACUUUCGUAUCAACAGCUUGCUAGAUGUGCUGGCUAUCAAAGAAUGUGAUACUUCAGGAGUGAAAUGCGGAAAUUGUGAGGAGAGAAGCGCCCAAAGUUCAUACUGUUUUCAUUGUUGUGCUUUCUGGUGUGACGAGUGUGUCUCCGCGCAUAACAUUAUCCGAGCUAAUAAAGAACACCGCGUGUUGGCCCUCAAAGACUUUGAGGAUCAAGACAUUAGUGAAGUUCUGAAGCGAUCAGUGUUUUGUCCAAGAUCUGGACACGAAAAGAGAGAGCUGGAAUUCUUUUGUAAGAUCUGUAAAGCCGCCAUUUGCAACGCUUGUGCCUUGAUAGAUCACGACGGUCACGCGAAGACACUUUUGGAAGAAGUUGCAAAUGAACGCAGAGUAGUGUUGAAGUCUUCGAUUGAGACUGAGAAAGAAAGAUUACAGACGAUGAAGAGAAAAAUUACCAGUUUUGACGAAAAAGUGCUCAAGAUUCGAGAAAACGCUGCAUAUGUAGAAAGGGGCGUGCAGCAAUUUGCUGAUAAAAUUAAAUCAGUCAUCGAAGCGAAAAAAAAGGAGAUGAUCGAAGAAGUGAAAAAACAGGCGAAUGAGUCUCUCCAGCGUCUUGAGGUUGAAAGAAGCGAAAAUGAGCGAGAGAUGAAAACCACCGAAACAGCGCUUGAAAUGGCGGAAACGCUUUUGAAACAGAGCCCAGAUGCUGAAAUCAUACGGCCCAACAAAUUUAUCGAUCAAAUGUUAGAACAGAAGCUGGAUGAGCAAGUUGAUGAACUUAACGACCCAGCUUCUUCUAGCUGUGAAUCCUUUUUGGGGUACGAUUUCGUGAAAAAUCAGAAGUUCUUCGAAAGUAUGAACAAUGAAAACAUUGGCACUUUUAAGUAUUUUCCCACCAUGACGAGACCACAUCUGUCAUGCGUCAGUGGAAGAGGCAUCUCUGAAUUUUGCAUAGGGCUUGAGGCAAACAUAUUGGUGACAACGAAAAACGGAAAGGGUGAACAAUGUUAUGAAGAGGGUGACUCUGUGACCGUGGAUACAGAGGAAGCUUCAAUUUUUGCAAGAGAAAUUGAGACACGGGUCCAAAAUAACAGAGAUGGAACCUACAAGAUUACCUAUUUCAGUAAAAACUGGUACACCAGACCUGUAUCAGUGAAAAUCAAUGGUGAACAUGUUCAUGGAAGUCCAUUUACUGUUGAAGCCAAACACAGAGAGUUCAGACCCGUCUUGUCUUUUGGACAACAAGGUUCCUCAAAAGGAAUGUUUAAUGGGCCAAGUGGAGUGGCAGUGAAUGAACGAGAUGAAAUUGCAGUGUCUGAUUCUGGUAACCAUAGGGUUCAGGUAUUUAGUAGUGAUGGAACUUACUUACGAUCAUUUGGUGAAGAGGGAAAUAGACAGGGACAAUUUCAAACACCCUCUGGGAUAGCCUUUGGUACAAAUGACAACAUUAUUGUGGGGGAAAGUGGUAACCAGUUUAUUCAAAUUUUCAAUGGGGAGGGUAAGUACCUGAGCCAUUUUUGUAGCAACUCUAGUUCAACAAAGUCUCCUGGCUUAUCUGUAGACAGUGAUGGUAACAUCAUUGUUCCUGACUGCCAAAACAAACUAAUUAAGAUAUUCUCUCCUGGUGGACAGCUUUUGCGAACAAUUGGUGGGGGUCGCCUUACCUUUCCCAUUCACUGUAUUCAAAACAAUAAUAUUUUUUUUGUGUCAGACAGGGGUGACCAUGGUAUCAAAAUGUUUGAUAAGGAAGGGAAGUUUCUGAAGAAAUUUGGUAGUAAAGGGGUAGGAAACAAGCAGUUCAAUGACCCAUGUUGCUUAUCAGUUGACAAGGUUGGACACCUGAUGAUUUGUGAUAAAUUAAAUCACAGAAUUCAACUCCUUGAUAUUCCGAGUGGAAAGUUUCACACCAAGUUUGAGGUAAAAGGAAAGGAUAUUGGAGGCUUGGGUAACCCAGUCUCCAUGGCUGUUCUAAGCAAUGGAAGGAUAGUCGUGUCAGAUGUCCUGCACCACUGUGUUCAUAUCUUCGAGUAG